AUGGAGGGAGAAGGGGCAGGGAUAGAGGGGAAUGCUCUAUUGUUUGGUAUGGAGUCAGAGGAUUGUGUAGAUACAGGGUUCGCGUCCUUACAGGAUAAAGAGGGAGGAAUUCAGGUUGACAGAUCUGAUCCGAUGAAGCCUAAUUUCUUACUGUCAAGUGAAGAACAUCAAAGGCUAUGCGACUCGUUUGCGCAGACCUUGGUUGUGAAACUGCUCAGAAAAACGACUACACUCGCUGCAAUGAAAAGGAACUUGCCGCGACUGUGGGGAAAGAGGGGGAGAGUGAAGGUCUCUGAUGUGGAGAAUGGUUUUUUCCUAGUAGGAUUUCAAAGCAAAGAGGAUUAUAUGGAUGCUUUAACUGGAGGCCCAUGGACCCUAUUCGACUCCUAUUUGAGCGUGGCGAGGUGGUCACCAGAGUUUGAACCAGAGCUGGAGGAGAUCACUAAAAUUGCACUAUGGGUGCAGUUGCCAGGUAUUUCUCUAAAAUACUAUGAUAAGAAAUUUCUGUGGAACGUUGGGAGUGCGAUUGGGGUUGUGUUGAAGGUGGAUACUAGCACGGCUCUAAGGGCGAGGGGAAUGUAUGCUAGAAUAUGUGUUGAAAUUGAUCUGACUAAGCCCCUAGUUCCUCAAUAUGCUAUUAAGGGGAUAACUAAGCAGAUUGAGUAUGAAAGUAUGGGGUUCAUGUGUAUGGGAUGUGGGAGAUUCGGGCAUGUAAAAGAGUAG